AUGGCUGAGACUGCUUCGACCGCGCUACCAAGAAGACCGAAGGCCAAGUCCAAGGAGCCGUUCUACGCCGUGUCGGCCUUGUGGAAAGAUGUCGUCCCCAUUCCGCUCAUCGACGGCCCACCAGGUGCGAAAGAUCCUGGCCCGGCGCUCGCCACCAUCGCCUACUCGGUGCGGUAUAGCGAAGCCAUGUCUUAUUUGAGAGCCGUCAUGGCCACCAACGAGUUCAGUCGGCGGGCCCUGGACUUGACCGAGGACAUCAUCAGGAUGAACCCGGCGCACUACACCGUGUGGCUGUACCGUGCCAGGAUUCUCAAGGCGCUGUGGGAGGCAGAGGGAGUGAGUGUGGAGGACGGUGUCAAGGAGGAGUUGGAGUGGUUGGAGGGUGUCAGUGAGCGGAACUUGAAGAAUUAUCAGAUCUGGCACCACCGCCAACUCCUGGUCUCCCUCCUACCGACCUUCCCACCCAACGAACCCGAGUUCAUCACGCACAUGCUCUCCUUCGACGCCAAGAACUACCACGUGUGGACGUACCGACAAUGGCUGUGCCGGCGGUUCCCGGACCCGCUACUCACGACAGACAUGGAGCUUGCGGCUAUGGACGCGCUGAUCAACGAGGACGUGCGCAACAACUCGGCCUGGAACCACCGGUACUUUGUGUGCUUCGGGGCCGAGGAGCUGGCGGCCAUCGAGAAGGAAGGCAAUGGCAAUGGGAAUGGGAUCCGGAAAGACGUGCUUGCGAGCGGCAAAUUGGUCGUCGACGACGAGGUGGUCGAGCGCGAGAUCAACUACGCCAAAGACCACAUCGCCUGGGCGCCCCAGAACCCUUCGCCCUGGAACUACUUGAGGGGCGUGCUCAAGAGGGCCGGCAUUCCCGUCACCGAUCUCCAGGUCUUUUGUGAGGGCUUCGUCGGCGGCAAGGAUGCGGAUCUCAUGAGUGACACGGGAAGCGUGAGGAGUAGUCAUGCAAUCGAUUGGUUGGCCGAUAUCUAUCGUCUGGACGGCAAGCUCGAGAAAAGCAGGGCCUGUCUGGAGGCCCUGGGCAACAAGUGGGAUCCCAUCCGGAAAAAGUACUGGGAUUGGAGGGCGAAACAGCUGGCUAGUGACUGA